UCCAUUGAAAAGCUCCGAAGGCGGCUGUUUUCUUAAGGGCAAAAGGUGCGCGGUAGGAGCUUGACCGAGGCGACCUUUCUCCUCGCUCUCGAAAACAGAUGUGCUUGCCAGAGGCGCCAAGCUGGCUUCCUCGCUGCCCAUUUCGCGCAGCCUCUUUCAAAGCGUUUUAAGCCGGAGGCGUUUGGGAGCAGCUGAAGAAAUCCAGUUCCCUGCCCUGUAUGCAACAGAGUUUUGAUGAGUUGUUGGUUAUUACUUGCUCAGCAGAGGCUGAGUGUCAGUGCUAAAAUCAAUUUUCAUUGGCAGAAUUGAGUUGGGAGGAGAUUUUCAUUCCAAGAAAAACAUUCAACAGCAUGAAGCCAGUUAUUGUUGUUCACGGUGGAGCUGGUCGCAUCUUUAAAGAGCGGGAAGAUGGAAGUCGCUCUGGUGUCAUCAGAGCAGCGUUGAAAGGUUACAGCAUCCUUAAACAAGGAGGAACUGCAUUAGAUGCAGUUGAAGAGGCCGUGAUAUCAAUGGAAGAUGAUCCACAUUUUAACGCGGGUUGUGGCUCUGUGUUAAAUGAGAAGGGCGAAGUAGAAAUGGAUGCUAUUAUCAUGGAUGGGAAAAAUCUAGCCUCAGGAGCAGUAUCAGCCGUGAAAUGUAUUUCUAACCCAAUAAAGCUUGCUCGUCUUGUAAUGGAAAAGACGGAACACAUGUUGCUGACCGAUCAAGGGGCCUCAGCCUUUGCUAAGGCUAUGGGGGUCCCUGAGGUUCCCGGAGAAAAAUUAAUCACGGAGAGGUCGUUGGAGAGGUGGAAGAAAAACCUCGAGGCUGACUGGAACCCUCAAGAAUGUCAAAAAGAUCUUGGAACAGUUGGAGCCGUUGCUAUCGACAGUGCAGGAAACGUAGCUUGUGCGACAUCAACAGGAGGACUUACUAACAAACGGCUUGGCCGCGUUGGUGAUACAGCGUGCAUAGGAAGUGGUGGCUAUGCAGAUAAUAGUGUUGGUGCCACCUCCACCACUGGCCAUGGAGAGAGCAUUAUGAAAGUGAUCCUAGCAAGACUUACUCUUUACCAUAUGGAGCAAGGGAAAUCACCAGGAGAGGGUGCCGAUGCUGCUCUAGAUUGUAUGAAAACCAGAGUUGGAGGCUUAGGUGGCAUCAUUGUUAUUAGCAGUUCAGGGGAGUGGGCUGCUAAGUUCUCUACCAACCAGAUGUCAUGGGCUGUUGUGAAGGAUGACCAGCUACAGUCUGGCAUUUAUACUGGGGAGAGGAAUACACAGUCCGUUGAAGAAGCUCUUGUCUCCAUUGGAUCUUAGAAACUAGGAAGGACACCGAAGUUGUGUCACAGGAGGAAGAUCAUGGAAUUGAAUCUGCACCCUGCUCAGAAUGAGGCACGCACUUUUUCCAGGUGCAAGUACAAGUAGCCUAUCGGAGUUUUUCUUCUAGAUUGUGUAUGUUUAGUUCCUAUUUGUAAUCUGAUUGAUAAAAUAAUUUUGGCUCGGUACGUAUUUUAAUUUUCAUUCUUCUGAAUAAAAGGUUCUUCAGAAAUUUAUUGAUGGAAUUUCAUCAGCUUCUUGAUACCGGAUACAUCUGUCAAAUGAUAAUGUGAAGAGAUGCUUAUCAUUGAGAAAAUGAAUAUAAUUAUAAGAUUAGUAGAGGGGAACGAUGUGUACUGAAAUAUCCGUAUGUGAUUAUCUCAUGUUUACAUAUAAAUUAACAUUGCACUAUUAAUUACUCUCUUUAACUAAACUUGAAUAGUUGUUUUUAAAGCUUUCUGUAUGAAAUUACAGUAGUGUUUUAUUUGAAACAAUAAGAAAUGAAAAUGAAAAAUAUAUUUUCUCACUAUAUAUUUUUCAAAAAUGUUUUGUGAUUAAGAAUUGUGUAUAUGUUUAUAUUAUUGGUCUAAAUCUAUUGUUCUGUGACUACGGUUUUAAAAAAACCAAGCAGCAUUGUUAAAAUCCAAGUAACUUUAUAAUACAUUUGUUCACAUGUGUUGUUUUAAAUCUGGAAUUAAAUGUACCAUGUUCUCAGGAACAAAACAAUUUAGAGAAAAUCAUAGUCAUAAUUUAUGAUGAUACAUUGUGAUGGAGGUGGGCAAGAUUUUAUUGUUUUGAUGCUAAAGUUGGAUGACUAACAUCAGGGAUAUAAAGAAGUAAGGGAACUAAGAGGCUAUUUUGCACACAGGUUCAAUAAGCCGUAUGUUUGGUUUUUCAUGUUUUCCUAGACAAAUUUAAAAUAUUACUUUUCUAGAAUUAUGAGAGAUGUCUAUCGCCUCCACUUUCCAUUGAACCAAAUCUUAACAGUUCUUAUUUUCCAACAAUAAUAAUUUAUUAUUUUGAUCAGCAGGUUUUGGAUGCUAUUAUUUGGAUGCUACAUAUUACUAAAGCAUAACUAUUCAUAUCUGCUUUUUGAUCCCAGAAUUUAUAUCAUGCUAAGUUCUGAUCCUGGAUCCUUCUAGAGUAGGGGUGUCAAACCCGUGGUCCGUGAGCUGAUGUGUCACACACUGGCCAUGCCUGUCCUCAUUUUAGCAAUGAUGUGUCGUGAGUUUGACACCUCUGUUCUAGUGUGUUACGUAAGCUAAUCAUUCCUAGUUUUCCAUAAUCAGUAAUUUAGAUUAUUGCACUAUUCUCACAAUACUACUGACUACCCCCCCAACACGGAAAGUUUGAUAAACUUAGGAGUUAGUAGAUGCUUUGUACUCCCCAACCCUCUUUGCAAUAGAUUAUGGUGCCGAUAGGAAUUUAAUGGCAUUUGUCACGAAGAUCACACACUAUUCAGACUCUCUGGAUUAACUUUUCAGCUGAAUUUCAGAGCAUUUGUGUUCAGAUUUGACUUGUUUUGACUUGACCACAAAUCCUUCUGUAUUUCAAAAAUACCAUGUUUUCUUUCAUUUUCUAAAUAUUAUUGCGGUUCUAAAGCCUUGAAUGUCUGAUUGCUAAUGCUUUACUAGUUCCAAUCAUGUACUAAUGCAUUGUAGCAUAUAGCUCAUCAAAUACUUGGCUGUGUCAGGCAAAAUGAGCAUAAAACCAUAAUCCACGUAUAGCAACAUAGGAAGCAUCUCCUUAGCAACACUAAGCCUUAUAAAAAUAUGCUAUUUUAUAUAGAUCAUACUUUAUCUAAUUUUACUGAAAAAUAAAGUCCUAUAAGCUAAUAACUUCCAUACUUAGUCCCAAUUAGCUUUUGUAGUUCUGUAUUUGUAAUGAUAAGACUUAUUGCUUGAAAUCUAUUGCAAGUUUUAUUACUGUUUUAAUAUUGUUCAAGUGUAGGAAAGGCAAUGAAAUGCUCAUCUUAGAGCAGCGGUUCUCAACCUGUGGGUCGGGACCCCUUUGGGGGUCGAAUGACCCUUUCACAGGGGUCA